UAAAAAAUAAUGUUACAACUAUUUUAGUGACUAUUAAUAACUUCUUUUUAAUGUUGAGUGACUAACACUACUCAUUUGUACGUGUUGCAGAGGUAAUAUUCCAGGAAGUAAUAUUGGAAACGGUGAUAUAAUUAUGGACUACUUACAACCGUUUCCCCCGCGAGGGACUGGUCUUCAUAGGUAUAUUUUUAUAUUGUAUAAACAGGAGGGACAUGUUGACUACUCAUCAUUGAAAAAAUCUUCGCCAUGUUACAAUCUAAAGGACCGGACUUUCAACACCUUUACCUUUUAUAGAGAUCGUCAGGAUAUUUUAACACCGGCAGGUUUGGCCUUUUUCCAAUCCGACUGGGACAGCACUCUUACUGACUUCUAUCACAAAUGUUUAAAUAUGCGAGAACCUGUCUUCGAAUAUGAUUUUCCUAAACCGUACAUAAGACCUCAGGAAUGGUUUCCGAAACGAAAGCCUUUUAAUAUAUACAUGGAUAAGUAUAGGGAUCCGAAGCAGAUUAAUAAAGAAUUUUUGAUGCGCAAAUUGAAACAUGUGCAUCCGUUCAAGCCCCCUCCAAAACCGUUACCGUAUCCGAAUGCGGUUGUUUUUGAGGGUUAUUAUCCUUCGUGGCUGAAAACGGAAAUCACUAAAUCGAGAUUAAGGUGGGGAAGAAUUAACGACAUUGAAUAAGUGAUUACAUUUUUCAAAUAAAAUCUGUACAAAAAUCUUUUUUUC